AUGGCAACAGCGCGGUUGCGCAAGACCUCGUCCCGCAUGGCUCUGUCUCCUAACGUGGCCAAACCCACGUUGAAUAAGCCGCGCUCUGGAAGGGAUCGUCGUGGCCCUUUUGCUGGAAUGAAUCAGACCGAGGCUCGCCUUCCAGAUACGCCACGCCCCCGGUCUCAAGCCACCCUCAAGCGCUCCGGCGAACAAAGCAAACCCGAAAAACCCGAGGCGCCUUUGUUCAAAGCCCUCAAGAUGCAGACCACCCUUUCGCCGGUAUCCUACGGUCGCCGUGCGGCUAUCAAGUCAAAAAUCUCCAACCUUACCAGCUUCGAUCACUUCCCCCUCCUCCCCGUGGUUCGACACUCGAUUUUCACCCAGGCUCUGCCCGGACUCGCAGAAGUCACGCCAACCCCGAUCCAGCGGCUUGCAAUCCCACAACUUCUCAGUGGCACUCACAAAAAUAAAACCCAACCUGCAAACGUGGAUGAAGAUGCUCCCCAUUAUGACCAGUAUCUCCUUGCGGCGGAAACUGGCUCUGGAAAGACGUUAGCAUAUCUCCUUCCGGUUGUUGAUGCUGUCAAGCGUGCCGAGGCACGCGACAAGGAGGAGCAGCAGAUCGUGGAGGAACAAAAGGCCAAGGAACGCGAAGAACGACUGAAGAAUCGGACUUUUGAAAUCGAGCCAGAAGAACCUCCAAUGUCCGAUGCUGGUCGUCCGAGGGCCAUCAUCCUGGUUCCAACUUCGGAGCUUGUGGCACAGGUUGGAGUCAAAGUCAAGGCUCUUGCCCACACGGUCAAGUAUCGCUCAGGAGUGAUUUCAUCCAAUUUAACCCCUCGUCGGAUCAAGAACACCCUUUACCACCCUGAUGGCAUCGAUAUCCUGGUCUCGACACCGCACCUCUUGGCCUCCAUCGCCAAGACCAAUCCUUAUCUCCUCAGUCGCGUCAGCCAUCUCGUUCUCGAUGAGGCUGAUUCCCUGAUGGACCGAUCUUUCCUCCCUACCACUACCGAGGUCAUCGAGAAAGUGGCACCCUCACUCAAGAAGCUGAUCUUCUGCUCCGCCACGAUUCCCCGCAGUCUGGACAACCAGCUUCGCAAACGCUACCCCGAUAUUAAGCGCCUGACCACUCCGAACCUGCACGCAGUUCCCCGACGUGUACAACUUGGUGUGGUGGAUAUUGAUAAGGAGCCGUACCGUGGAAACCGCAGCCUUGCCUGCGCCGACGUGAUUUGGUCGAUUGGCAAGGCAGGUGACACCAGUGACGAGAACUAUGGACCUCUCACACAAUACAUGGGUCCCAAGGUUAAGAAGAUCAUCGUGUUCGUCAAUGAGCGCGAAGAGGCGGAAGAAGUAGCCAAGUUCUUGCAGUCGAAGAAUAUCGAUGCGGUUUCGCUGUCACGCGAUUCUAGCUCUCGGAAACAGGAGGAAAUUCUGGCCGAGUUCACGGAGGUCGACCAGCCCCCAACUGCAGACGAGAUCAUGCUACUCCGCAAGCAGGCUCGUGCAGAGAAGGCUAUUCCCUUCUUGGAGCCUGAGAAGAAACCUGAGAUCGAUCGCCGCCUGCCCAACACUAAGGUCCUCGUCACUACCGAUAUCGCGUCUCGUGGUAUUGAUACUUUGGCAGUGAAGACUGUCAUUCUAUAUCACGUCCCGCAUACCACCAUUGACUUCAUUCACCGCCUUGGUCGCCUGGGCCGCAUGGGCAAGCGUGGUCGUGGCGUGGUACUGGUUGGCAAGAAGGACCGCAAGGAUGUCGUCCGCGAGGUUCGCGAGGGCAUGUUCCGAGGACAAGCUCUGAUUUAG